AGAAGAACCGCCUGGCAACACUAUGCGCUCUGCUUUAUCUGAGGAUCAAUGUAUGUCUUUUUACUUCGAGGUCAGGAUUGCACAACUGAGCGGGAUGGGUGGCUAUCAUCUGAGGAGGCACGCAUCUUCUAAUGGAUCACUCUGAAGCGCAGAUUGGAAGGAGAGAUUGGAUGUUUGCGUACAUGAAUGAAUCAGUUGCUGGAAAUCCUCUGGCUGUAUGAUGCGUUUUGCCUCCCUGUUAUAGGUUAUUUUAUAAGCGCCAACAGAAAAGCAACCCUAACCCUUUGGUGGAUCAUCUGGAUGGAAAUAUGGACACCUUCAGAGCACUCAUUUUGACUCAACAUGCCCAGGAACUAUGAGCAGCCUGGUCAGUCAGUAGGGAUGUUGGCCGCCGUGGAACAUGGUCCCAUCCUGUGCAGCGACUCCAACAUCCUCUGCCUCUCGUGGAAGGGCCGGGUCCCCAAGAGCGAGAAGGACAAGCCGGUGUGCCGGAGACGCUACUACGAGGAGGGCUGGCUCGCCACGGGGAAUGGGCGAGGAGUUGUUGGGGUGACGUUUACAUCGAGUCACUGCAGGAGGGAUAGGAGUACACCACAGAGAAUCAAUUUUAACUUGCGAGGACACAACAGUGAGGUUGUUUUGGUACGCUGGAAUGAACCCUUUCAGAAGCUGGCUACCUGUGAUAUGGAAGGAGGCAUUUUUGUCUGGAUCCAGUAUGAAGGAAGAUGGUCUGUGGAGUUAGUAAAUGACAGAGGAGCCCAGGUGAGUGACUUCACUUGGUCCCAUGAUGGCACCCAAGCGCUCAUCGCAUACAGGGAUGGAUUUGUGUUAGUCGGCUCGGUCAGUGGGCAAAGACACUGGUCCUCAGAGAUCAACUUGGAGAGUCAAAUUACCUGCGGUAUCUGGACCCCGGAUGAUCAGCAGGUUUUGUUUGGAACAGCAGAUGGGCAGGUAAUAGUGAUGGACUGCCACGGGCGGAUGCUCGCUCACGUGCUUCUACAUGAGUCUGACGGCAUCGUCAGCAUGUCGUGGAACUGCCCUGACUUUCUUGUUGAGGACAGCACAGAGAGCGACACAGACUCUGAUGACAAUAUUCUGCCUUUAGUAAGAAGAGUCAAGCCUUUGCUGACAGUCACCUUCUUAUCAGGAGAUAUCAGUUUGAUGAACAACUAUGAUGAUCUCUCUCCAGCUAUUAUUCGUUCAGGACUGAAAGAUGUAGAAGCUCAAUGGUGCUCUCAGGGAGACCUCUUGGCUGUGGCUGGCAUGGAGAAACACGGGCUUCCAGCUGACACAGCCUGUGCACCCAUCAUGAGGAAUGCACUUGUUAAGUUCUAUAAUGUACAAGGAGAACACAUAUACACUCUAGAAACUCCUGCACAGAGACCCAUCACCACCAUCUGCUGGGGUCACAGAGACUCCCGCCUGUUCCUUGCAUGUGGUCCAGCACUCUACGUGGUACGAGUGGAGCACAGAGUGGCCAGCCUCCAGCUCUUGUGCCAACAGGGCAUUGCGAGCGCCCUGCGUGAGGAGAAGGAUGUCGGGAAGCUGAACAUGCCCUCACUCCUUAGCUCUUAUGUUACCUCGGCUUUUAUACCAACCAUCAAGCCUCCAAUUCCUGACCCCAACAACAUCCGUGACUUUGUUAGCUACCCAACGUCCGGGAAUGAGCGGCUGCACUGCACCAUGAAGCGAGCAGAAGAUAGUCCUGAGGCAGGUGGCCCCUGCUACACACUGUAUCUGGAAUACUUAGGAGGGCUGGUGCCUAUACUCAAAGGAAGGCGCAUCAGUAAGCUCAGGCCUGAGUUUGUCAUUAUGGAUCCUAAAACUGAUGGUAAGCCAGAGGAAGUGUGUGUGAACCCCAUGAUCUCCUACACAGACAGCUGUAACUGCUCUGACUCCAGUGACAUUGACUUGAGUGACGAGUGGGUGGGGAAGAAGUCACCGAAGUUAUCUCGUGGCAACAGGUUAAAUAUGGAUUCAAGAAAAUCCCCCAAACUUUCACGUGCCAAUCAGGAAGGCCAGCGGUCACCGCGGCUGCUGACUAAAAAGCCUCCUGUUCGGUCGCCCAGUCUGACCCGCCGGGAGUUUACAAUGGAUGGAAUCACAGAGCACAAUUAUCUUGCACAAGUAACAUCUAACAUUUGGGGAACAAAGUUCAAAAUUGUUGGACUUGCCUCCUUCCUCCCAGCCAAUCUUGGUGCAGUGAUCUAUAAGACUAGUUUGCUUCAUCUUCAGCCAAGGCAAAUGACAAUCUACCUUCCUGAAGUGCGAAAGAUUUCUCAUGACUUCAUGAGUCUGCCUGUAUUCAACCCUAAUGUGUUCAGUGAGGAUGAGGAUGACUUACCCGUGAUGGGGCCAUCUGGAGUUGCAGGAGACAACCCACCCUGUACCGUCAAUAUUCCAAUAGCUCCCAUCCAUAGUCCUGCUCAAGCCAUGUCUCCAACUCAGAGUAUUGGUCUGGUUCAGUCUCUCCUGGCCAAUCAGAAUAUUCAGCUUGACGUAUUAACCAAUCCGACGGCCACAGCUGCAGUGGCAGCAGCCUCAGUCCCUGUUACAGAGCAUAGUCAAGAUGCUGUUGCUUCACCAUACCCUGUGCCAAAUAGAUACUCAAAUCCUAGCCAGGGGAUUUUCAGUGGGUUAGAGAUGAGUUCUCUUCUCCCUGGCACUUUGCCUCCCCCACCACCACCUCACCAUCUCCCCCCACAGCCUCACACACAGAGGUCUCACUCACAGCAACCUCGCCAGCCGCCAUCCAAACAGUCCCAUACAAUGCAAACACAGCAGCAGCAGAAAAUGCAUCAUCAUCAACUGCAACAGCAGCAACACCACCAUCAGUCUCAGUCACAACAGCAGCUGCAACAACAUCAACAGCAGCAGCAGCAGCAGCUGCACCACCCCCAUACUUUACAUCAACAGCAGCAACAUCAUCAACAUCAGGCUCAACAACACCAACAAAUGCAACAGACCCAACAACGGGCGGCAAAUCAGCUUCAACAGCAGCAGAUCCAGCAGCAGCAGCAGCAGAUGCAGCUACAGCAUGAACAGAUGCAGCAACAGCAGCAGCAGAUGCAACAGCAGCAGCAGCAGAUCCGGCAACAGAUUCAGGAGAUGAGGCAACAGCAGCAGCAGCUGCAGCAGCAGCAUCAGCAGAUUCAGCAGCAACAUCAGCAAAUGCAGAGACAACACCAACAAAUGCAGCAGCAGCUGAAGAUGCAAAUGUCAUUGCCACCAGCCCCUACUGGCUAUCCGACCAUAUCCCUGCAACAGAUCCAUCUUCUUCCUUCAAUCCCUACGCUCACAGCUGAGCCUGUGCUAGACAGGGUGGACUACACCCACACGCUGAAGCCAAGUCUUCCAAGGACUUUACCCCCAUCCUUCAGUGACACAGAUGGAUCGGUGGAAAUCCAGAUGAGGAAGGUAAAUCCCCCUCCACCAUACCCAGGGACAGUAGUGUCUGCUGCAGCAUCAACAGCGGCUACCACUCCUCAGACAUUCAUUACAAACUGUGACAGUCCAAGUGUCCUGGCUCCUGACUCCUGCCUCAAGAAAGAGGAAUUUUUGCUUCACCCUGUCACUCUACAAUACCCAACACCUCUAGGAUAUGAAAGGAUCACAACCUUUGAUAGCAGUGGCAAUGUGGAGGAAGUGUGUCGCCCACGUAGACGCCUCAUUCGUAACCAGAAUGCAUACUCUGUUCACGGUGUUGGAGGUUCAGCGACUCUCAAAGUGACCUCCACUGAGAAUAAAAAAAUUCAGCUUCCGUACAGCUCAGCAACAUUAAGUCGCUUGUCUGUCCCUCGAUAUUCUAUACCAAGUGGAGAUCCUCCUCCUUAUCCUGAUCCAGCCAAUCAGGUAACUGCUACUCUCCCACCUCCUCAAAGAAUUGACAGCAGUCUAAUUCAUGCCACUUUACGCCGUGAGGGCAGGGAUGUGGGACUCAAAGUGCCACAAAUGAUGGACAGCUCUAGAACGCUGCCCACUAAGGCUAAAAUGAAUACUGCUUUAUCACUUUCCUACCAGCAGAGGGUCCCCACUGCACUGUAUACUUGCACACAGUGCAGCAGUAACAGCAGUAGUACCAGUGUCAGUGUAAGUGGAGGGGGAACUACAAGUAGCGGCAUUGCAGGUGGCACGGUUGUCAGGCAGGAUUUCCCACCAGGCAAAGGGGCUCAUCACAGCACCAUUAUAGUGCACUCCAAAAGUGCCUCGCCGCUGGCAUCUCAGUCGUCUUACAGUCUGCUGGGAGCUGUAGAUAACAACCGGGACAGGACUGUAUACGUGAACUCUGCCUUUACAGAAGACGAGACUUUAAAUCAACAGUGUCAACUGGAAAAAUCUGUUCGUCAGUUGAAUUUGGGAGAUGGCAGUUUGACGGUCAAACGCCCUCCACCUUACCAGUGGGAUACCACUACCACAGAGGACUUCUGGCUAACUCCAGAGCAGACAAUGAUAGCGCAACCAUCAGGAAAUCCUAAACCACCCCCUCUCAUUAUCAGUCAAGCUCAACACUUGGAUGUGACUCGGCUUCCUUUUGUCCUCACAACAAAACCUCCAACUAGUCUGAACACAAGCACCCUUACCUUCCCAUCAGGUUACCAGAUAUCCCUCUCCCCUUUCCCGCCAGGGGUGGCUCAUAGUGGACCCUCACUCCAGACCCUACAGAACCCUCCGCCACAGUGCUCCCCUAAUGAGGUCGUCACUUCAGUAUCAUUUGCUCAACAGGAUCCGAGUUUGGUCCUACCACCAGGCUAUCCCCCAAACUUGGCUAAUUUGGCUUGCUGCCCUCUCCCUCCACUGUACCCUGGAGCUAGCUCAUGUGCUGGACUUCAGCUCCACCCUGUCAGUCUACAUCCUUGGAACCCGUACCCUUGUCCACCACCAAUGCAAGAUCCUCCACCUCCUCCGCUGCCAACCAAAACUCAUCAGAUUUUAGAAAAACCACUACUCUCCCCCCCUCCACCUACAGCUCCACCUCCACCACCUCCGCUACCACCUCCCCCUCCUCCCACUGAGUUACUCCCAUCUAAAAGUUCCACAGAAGAUCAAGCAGAGUCUGCAAACAAUUUUCCAGAGCCAUCAUCUCUGAAUGAAAGUCCGGUCCCUCAGGAAUCCGAGCGUUUCGGUAAAAAAAGUCGCAAAAGACUUGACAGCAGAGCUGAGGAGGGCAACGUACCCACAGUCUCUGAGGGAAGAUCGAGAAAAGAGGGGCGGGCACUCUCUGACUUCAACACUCUCAUAUCCAGUCCAAGGCUCAGCAGCAGAGAGAAGAAGAAGCCAAAGGGACAGCGAGAGCAACUCAAUAAGACGAAAAAAAUGAACAGGACAACAAACGAGUUCCAGGACAGCUCAGAAAGUGAACCGGAGCUGUUUAUUAGUGGUGAUGAGCUCAUGAACCAGAACCAGAGUAGUAAAAAGAGCUGGAAGAACAAGAGGAGCAUGCGUUUGGCGAGUGAGCUGGAAGAGAUCAAAUGCCGCAAGGCAAACGAGAGAGAGGACCGUAGUUUAGGCAGCCAAGGGUUUGUCUACGUCAUGGCCAAUAAGCAGCCACUUUGGAAUGAGGCUACCCAGGUUUAUCAGCUUGACUUUGGGGGCAGAGUCACUCAAGAGUCAGCAAAAAAUUUUCAGAUUGAGCUGGAUGGUAGACAGGUGAUGCAGUUUGGGCGAAUAGAUGGGAACGCUUAUAUCCUGGACUUUCAGUACCCUUUCUCAGCCGUACAGGCUUUUGCUGUUGCCUUGGCCAACGUGACUCAAAGGCUCAAAUGAAGAGUUGCUUUUCCUGGUGGUGAAGUUGUUCACUGGUCUUAAACACUGACGUGAUGGACUGUGACAUUUUCUUUCUAAAUUGGGCUUUCGUUUUGCACUUAUCAUUGAUUCACAAUCAGGAUAUCAAAGGAAACUAUCAGUUAUUCUAGAGCUUUCAAUUCAUAUUGUAGUUCAAUAAUAAUUAAAUAACUAUUUAGGUAUUUUAGGUGAUGUUAAUUAUGCAUAAAAAAAGUUUCUGAAGGUAGUUUGGCAUUCAAAAUUGAAAAUAUGUUGCCUCUAAGCCAUAUUUUAGGAUAUCUGAGAAAGAAAUUGUACUUUUUAAUUGUUUUUUCUUUCAAAUCCAGAUUAUUUGUUGUUCUAAGAAUAUUUCUAUAACUUUGCUGAAUAAAGUCUCAUUUCAAGCAAGAAUACAGUGAAGCAGUUUAUCUGCUAUACACAUAAAAUUAGUCAUUGCAUCUGAAAAAUCUGCAAUAUUUGCCGUUGUAUUUACGUUACUUCUAUGAAGUAAUAUGUUAGUGUGAAAAAUCAUAUUUUGGCCAAUAAGUUACAAAUUGAUUUGUGGUAAUAUUUUAUUUUACAUACUUACAUUUAACCAUGAACACAGUUUCUGUUUACAGAAAUGACAUCUUUGCUGUUAUAAAAAGUCUGAGUGCCAUAUGUGAGCUAAUGUAUUUGGUUAAAAAAGUAGUUUUUUACAGCAAGCACUGAGGUAUUACUCUUUUUGGUUUGGUUUGUUUUUUUGCUUGAUGUUUAUGAUGCUACUUGAAUCCUGCAUUUGAAUGUGAAUCGCUGUAGUUUUACUAUUUGAAAAUCAGUGCUGCUUUUAAUAGAUAGAGCUUGUGUGCAAUAAUCCUAAUUAAUCCAAUUUUGUAAUUGCAAAAUAAAAAGGUAGAGCUGCUUGCUGCACUGUGGAUUUAACAAGUGACCUAUGCUUAGAUAGAAAGUGAUUAUAUCUUGCUGACAUCAGUCAUUUUAGGUUUGUUUCGGUACUUUGUUUUUUUCCACAUACCAUAUUUUUUUGUGAUGUUAUUUUGGUUGACAAAAAAAAGAAUACAAUUUUGCAAAUGUAUUUAACCUAUGUAUAAGAUGUUGCAGUGAGCUAUAGGAGUGAGAUUCAUGUAAAUUUGGUGCUAAUGUAUAAAGAAGUUAAAUGAUGUUUGAAUGUUGUUUAAAAUGAUUUAAGUGGGAAAGCUUUGGAGAGCAACUUGAAGUGCAAUCCGAUAGUUUCUUUUAACAGCGCUUCUAGAUUUUAUUCCUCAAAUUCUGUGAUUAAAAUUAAAAAAAAAAAUAUGUGGGUUUGUUAAAACCUAUGAACUAUCCAAGCUGUAAUAAAAUGUAUUGAUCCGCAGCUUUUGACGUUCUUAGUUUCAAAUAGUUGUCUUUUUCUUGUUGGUCUACUCUCUUGUAA